AAUUGAAGUGGCAACACGUUUCUUGACAGAUGUGUCUUCUUUCGUGAGGGAAUAAAAUCCAUUAUUGCAUCAAAACAUAAAAGCUUAAAAAGUUGUAUGCUAAAACUGAAAGGAAAGAAAUGGCAGAUGUGGAAAGGAUGGCUGAUUUUUCUGAUGAUGACUCUUCUGAAUUUUUCCCUGAAUCCACUGCCAUGAAUAACACAUUAUCUAAUUCAUCUGUGAGUAAUGGAGCUUCGACGUUGUCAUCUUCAGGAAUCUCAUCCACUGUUUCUAGUAGCUUUGCCAAUUCUGCUUUCUCAAGCAUCCACAGUAAUAGCUAUGUCCAGAUGUCUUCAGCAUCUCAGAAUCCCCCUUCUCCUCAGUAUCCUGUAAAUCAUCCUUUAUGUGGAUCUAAGCAUUUGUGUUCAAUCUGUGGAGAUCGAGCUUCUGGAAAGCAUUAUGGCGUAUACAGUUGUGAAGGAUGCAAAGGUUUCUUCAAGCGAACUGUUCGGAAAGAUUUAACAUAUGCAUGCAGAGAAGAGCGCAACUGUAUUAUUGACAAACGUCAAAGGAACCGUUGUCAGUAUUGCCGUUAUCAGAAAUGUCUGUCAAUGGGAAUGAAACGAGAAGCUGUACAGGAAGAACGGCAAAGAAACAGAGAACGAAGUGAGAAUGAAGUUGAAAGCACUAGUAAUAUACAAGCAGACAUUAGUACUGACCGAAUAUUAGAAGCAGAAUUAUGGAUGGAAGCCAAAAAAGAACCGGAUGUAACCAACAUUUGCCAAGUUGCAGAUCAACAACUAUACCAACUUGUGGAAUGGGCUAAACAUAUACCACAUUUUAAUGAUCUACCUCUAGAAGACAGAACGAUAUUAUUAAAAUCUGGCUGGAAUGAGCUUUUAAUUGCUUCCUUUUGCCAUAAAUCUGUUGGUGUGAAGGAUGGUAUAGUGCUUGCUUCUGGACAUAUUGUGCACCGCAACAGUGCUCACAAUGCUGGUGUGGGAACCAUUUUUGAGAGACUGCUGUCAGAAUUGGUGAUUAAGAUGAGGGAAAUGAAGAUGGAUAAAACUGAACUUGGUUGUCUUAAAGCAAUCAUUCUUUUCAAUCCAGAAGCGAAAAACUUAAAAUCUACCCAGAUUUAUGAUCAUUUUAUUUUUAUAAUUUCAGAAGCGAAAAACUUAAAAUCUACCCAGGAAGUGACAAAUCUGCGUGACAAAGUUUACACUGCGUUAGAAGAAUACUGCAAACAGAAUUAUCCCCAGCAGAAUGGUAGGUUUCCAAAGCUGCUGCUUCGACUGCCAGCCCUGAGGAGCAUUGGACUCAAGUGCCUCGAACAUCUAUUCUUUUUCAAACUGAUUGGAAACACCCCCAUUGAUCAUUUUCUGAUAUCCAUGCUGGAAACACCCAGUGAUACUUAAGUAUACAUCUAGUCAGCAUUUCAUUUUUCUGUCUGAAACAUGGUCAGUCUGUUCAAUGGUUCUAAUUUUUCUUGCUGGUUUGACUUUUAACUUUCAUGCUUGUGUUUUUUGUGCUUCAUGUACUGAAUUAUUAUUACCAUUAUUUAUGAUGUUUUAUUUGUACCAUACACUUGCUUGGGUCUUAAGGCAUUGUUUUUAAAUCUCAUAUUUCAUCAUUUUAUUGGCUUUCUGAGCAUGGUUAUCUUACUCUUUUCUUUAUUGGUAAAGAUUUUUCAAGAAACUGUAUCUGCCUAUUGACUAGAAUAGUCUGUAAAAUAAGUGUAAUUGAAAAUGUUAGUUGAUUUUUUGAAUUUAUCUAUGAAAGUAGAGUAAUGAAGUACAAAUCAAUUUCAAUUGACUGAAGUUUAUAAAUCAUGCUGUAUAUUAAGUUGGUCUAUUAACUGUGUCUUGCAGCAAAUGCAUUGCUUUUUAUAUGAAGAAGUGAAUGAACUUGAUAAAAAUGUUUUUAUUUCUUAAUCAUAUACAUAACCAUGCUAUCAUGCUGUAUAUCAUUCUCAAGGCAACUGAAACACUGCCAUAAAUGUUCAGACGGGUUUGAUCUUUGAACCUGUGUUUUUUGUGCAUAUAGUGCAAAAUCUUAGGUGGAUAUCUUUUUAUUUUAAUAUAUUUAUAUUUAGGAAGUUUUAUAUUCAUCAUUAGAAUAAUUUCUGUCAAUUUAGUAUGAAAUACAUUCCUUUCUAGUGAAUCAGGAAUGAAGAUUUAGUAUUGAAAACUAUGUAGUUUCACAGUGUCGUUGUGUUUAUUUAUUUAAUAUGUUUCAUUUAAAAAUAUACUUAUUUAUAUGCAAACAAGUAAAAGUUACUUUCAUUAAUUAAAAAAAAUGUAUUGCAUUUGGAUAAUCAUCUAUUCAGGAUAUAAAUUUAUCUUCUGUGAUAGAAAUUGCAUUAAAGCAUAAUAAUUCAUUGUUUGAAAAUAAUCAGAACUUUUGCAUAAAUUUUAAGUAUUGUUAUAAAUUUUAAGUUUAAAAUUUAUAACAAUAUUUUAUCAUAUUUAUUAUAAAUUUUAAGUAUUGUUUUGUGAUCAAGUACUCUUAAUUUUAAAUGAGAUGUUUAAUGAGUAUUCAGAAAAACUGCUAAAUUGUUGAUAUUUUAUAUAAAAUUUGUUAUAAUGUAUGUAACUAUAUAUUGUUGAACUAUCUAACAACUUUAUAAACAAAAUUAGCAUUUAAUAGAAUUUAAAGGUUAAAGAUGCUGUAUGGUUUAAAAGUGAUGAAUGUAUUUGCUAUUAAGAAAGGGUUUCAUUUUGUUCUUCACUCUGAUGUAAUUGUUUUCAGAGUUUGCUUGAAAAACAUGAAAAUCUUGUAAUGCUAUUGUGCAAAACUUAUGAUGUCUAAAUGCAAAAUAUUAUAUGCAGCAAAUCUCUGUCCUUUAGAAAAUUAAAGCAUUUCCAUUGAAGUACACAAUUUUAGUUCUAUAUUCAAAAUGUUCUAAUUAAUGAUUAUAAAUAUACAUUAACUUGUAAAAUUUUAUAAUAUUCAUAAUGAUUUUCUAUAUGAAUAAAAAAACUUUGGGUAAGGAUUUAAAAUAUUAACUUUUUAUAUUAUUAUUAUUAUUGGUAAAUCUUAUUUUAAUAUGAACAAUUUCAUAUAGCUAACAUAUAAAAUGAUAGCAAAAUAAAAUACAGAUUCUAUGAAUGAUAAUAAUCUGUUACUUCUUUUUUUCUUAUUACUAACUGAUUUUGAAGGCUUACUAAUUAAUAAUAAAAAAAUGGCAUGUGGUAGUCAUGUUGUUCAUUUAGAUGCCAAUUACUCAGUAACUGAUUUGGUAAGAGGUAUGAAUUUAAUAUAGUACAUUUAUGCAACUAGAGAAUCUGAACUUUUUUAAUUAAUUUUUUAUAGUUUACCUUCUCAUAUAUUUGUUCAUUUUUGAAGCAUAACUAAUAAAGCAUUCUGUCUAUUCUUUUUAUUUGGCAGUAAUCUAAAAUUAUGGAAUAUCAGAUACAUUUUAAGACAACAUUACACUGCAUUAUUUGCUAUCAUACUGCUGUUAUCAAAUAUGCUGCAUGUAUAAAGUGAUAUAUUUUAACUUUAUUGCAAUAAUUGCAAAAGUGGAGAGAGUCCAUGAUACUAAAAGGAAGACAAACCCAUGAAAAUCAAACUUGAACUUUUACAUUAGCAGAAUUCUUUUAUUAUCUUAGAAUUCACUUGGUAAUUGAUAAAUGUGUAAAAUUACCACCCAUCAUUUCACAGACAGUAUUGAAUGUAGUAAGUGUGAAUACAUGUGAUAAUUCUGUAUACAUAAUGCAGAAUACAUGUAAUGAUUCUGUAGGCAUAAAACAGAAUGUGUGUGAUAAUUCUGUGUAUGAAAGAUUUCAAACAGUCAUUCUAUGAAGACAUGUAUUAACAAAAACUAGCUUUUAGAGAAGUAAUACAAGUUUUCUUGCAAAAUCAUUUCAUUUAUACUGCCAAAUCAAGUUAAUGAUGACAUCAAAGCAAAGGGAAAGUUAAUUUGUCAGGUAAUUUCUUAGUUUAUAAAUCUAAAACUUAAGAGAGAAAUGGCAUCUGGAAUCAAUUUGAUAUAAAUAUCCAUUUUUUAAUAUGUUUCUUAAACUCCAGUUUUAGAAGCCACAAUUGGCGAAAUAUAACAUGUUUGGAAUGUAUGCUGUUUGUAAUACUAAAGCUUUCUUUAUGAAAGCAAUGAGCUAUGUGUUUUUACGUUCUGCGAUUGUGGUGAUAUGAAGAUUUUCAUAUUUUGUAGGCUGAAGAAGAAUUUUGAUGUAAUUUUUUAUUUACCAGAUUUAUCUUCUUUCAGUAACAGUUGAAAUUUAGGAUUAGUAGAUAUUUAAUUUCUAAAUCUGAGAGAGUAUUGAGAUACAGACCAUCUGCAAUGAGUAGUUCAUAUUUUCAGACAAUCCAUUAAGCAGUUUUAUGCCUUUUCAAGUUUACUAAAUUCAGUCCCUUUUUUUAUUGUAUUUUCUGGGGCCUGCUUGCAUUAAAUUCUUACUUCCAGAAUAAUAAAAGUUUUAAGUUCCUGCCCCAUAAAGCUUAAUAAAAGUUCACAUGUAUGAGUUUUGUAUUCAUUUGUACUUUUUUGUUAUCCGACCUGAUUAUAUCAAGACUCUCUCCUUCCAGUUUUGAGAGAUAUUAUGAAUGCCACAAGGUUAAUCUGACUGUUCUUUGAAUAAAAAUUUAAGUAUUUGGUUAUUUGCUUAUGAUGCAAAAUUUACAUUACAAAGUAAAAAUACAGUAUUUUUUAAAUUCUAAUAGAAUGCUUAAAACAAAAUCUGGUGGAUUUAUAUAUAUAUAUAUAUGUAUAAGUAUUAUAAUAUAUAUAUAUAAUACUUAUACAAAUAUUACAAUGUAUAAGUAUUAUAUAUAUAUAUAUAUAUAUAUAUAUAUAUAUUGUUAGAAAGAGUUUUCUGUAUACAGCAGCAAAAUUAUCUUCAAAGAUACAUUUUUGCCAGUUCUAGCCUUUUCAUAUGCUAAGUGAACUAGGAGUGAAAUCCAUUUGAAAAUAUCAAUAUUGAAAGUGCUUUUCAUGUUCUUUUUCUAAGCAAAUAAAUUAUAUUUUAUCUCUAAUACUUAAUAUUAAAUGUGAAGGAUACAUUGUGAUUCAGUUUUGUAAAUGUUGCAUCUGAUAUAAGUGAUAAUUUGUAAGAAGAAAAUAGGAAUGAUUUAAAAAAAAAAAAAUCAUAAUGUAAGCUGCAGUGUAGAAAUUGACAUUUUUACUUUUAGAAAGCAGUUUUAUCAAAUACUUAGCAACACACUUCAUAUCUUAAGUUUUAGUUAUUCUGAUAAUAACUAGAAAUUUUUUAGUGUAAUAUUGCUCCUCAGAACUCUAAAACAAUUAUUGAAUUACAAGUCUUCUCGUUUGCAGAUUUGUCUUGGUCUACACCUUUUUUCUGUGUCUUUUAUUAUGAUAGUUUUAAGCGUUUUUAGCUUCAUGGAGAACUUGGUUAUCCUUUCUAACCACAUAUCUUUAACCCUUUCCAGCAAACUACCUUUUAAAGUUGGAAUUUCAGCGAAAAAAAUGGUAUGCACUCUAAUCAGGCCUAGAGUAGUACAAAGGUAAAAUUUUGUAAAGAUAGCACUUACCGUUUAAAUUCUGUGUGUGUGAAUAGAGCUUUGAAAUAAGAUCUGAGGCAAGCAUUGCUAGGAAGCGUGUAAUAGAGUAAAAGAUUUUGCCUACGAUUAAAAAACACUAGAUUCUGAAUACAUAGCAUUACCCAGGCUGUGCCAUAGGGAGGCCUGCUACUCUACACACACCCCCAAAAAGUUGUUCUUGGUUAUAUGAUGUGUACGUGCACAUAAAUGGAAAGAAAUGUAACUUUGCUAUAUGAUAUUUGCAUUUCAUGUUUACACUUUUGUCUAUUUUUUCAUGGGGAUACUUUUUGAGGAAAGUGACACCACCUUUUGAGAAAGCACCACCCAACAUUGCAUGUUUUGCACAUGUACCAGAAUCCGUAUCAGAUUCACUAUCUGAAGGGAAUUCAUGUAGCACUGCAGUGCUUCAGAAAUGGUCAGUCCUCUCCGAUCCCUUUGCAAAAUGAUUAAAAAUCAGAAAAAUAUAAACUAAUAUUAUAUCUA